UCGGUGAUCGAUCAUCCUUUUCCUCUCACUCAGCACUCUACUGUCUAUACUGUCAGCAACACACCUCUGUCGCGGCGGCGCCUUUAGGAAUUGCAGGACCAAAAUUUCGUCGCAGAGUUUAAGGGAUUCUCAACAAUGGAGAGAAAAAGCGACGUCAUAUUCACAUCUUCCUCUAUCAAACUCCCUCCAUUCUCUUUUCCGUCCCAGUCCCGCACCCCUAACCCUCUACUAUCUACCCUCCAUCUUACCCUCAGCAAACUUCCCAAGCUCCCAAACCCAUUUGCCCCAAAUUUCAACCCGCAGAGUGUGCUCACCGAAUUCCUGAAAUUCCCAUUUCACAAAACCCUCAAAAGGUUCAAUUCCAACCCCCAAUUCCCUCUCCUGUGCUGCUCCUCACUGUCGCUGGCCCAGACUCGGGAAACUGAUGCUGACUUUCCGGCGACUCAGCCGGUGCCACCCAAGAGUGCGAGGGAGGAGAGGGUGCUGAUAAGUGAGGUGUUGGUGAGGAGCAAGGACGGUGAGGAGCUUGAGAGGAAGGAUUUGGAGGCUGAAGCUCUCAAUGCUCUUAAGGCUUGCCGACCAAACUCGGCCCUAACUGUCCAGGAGGUCCAGGAAGAUGUGCAUAGGAUCGUUGCCAGUGGGUACUUCUGCUCUUGCAUGCCCGUCGCUGUUGAUACCAGAGAUGGGAUUCAAUUGGUUUUUCAGGUAGAACCAAACCAAGAGUUUCAAGGGUUGGUGUGUGAAGGAGCCAAUGUUCUUCCAACAAAGUUUGUAGAAGAUGCUUUUCGUGAUGGAUAUGGGAAAACUGUUAACAUUAGACGCUUAGAUGAAAUAAUUAGCUCAAUCAAUGGUUGGUACAUGGACCGUGGUCUCAUUGGCAUGGUGUCAGGUAUUGAGAUUUUUUCAGGAGGUAUUCUUAAGUUACAAGUUUCAGAAGCUGAAGUCAACAACAUAAACAUACGUUUUGUUGAUAGGACGGGUGAACCAACUGCUGGAAAAACAAAACCUGAAACUAUACUUCGGCAACUUUUAACCAAGAAAGGACAGGUAUACAGUGCACUUCAGGGGAAAAGAGAUGUUGAGACUGUGCUGGCAAUGGGAAUUAUGGAAGAUGUUAGCAUCAUUCCCCAACCUGCAGGAGAUACUGGAAAGGUUGAUCUGACAAUGAAUCUUGUUGAGCGUAAGAGUGCUAGAGGUAUUACUGCUGGUGGCGGAAUUUCAAGUGGGAUAACAAAUGGGCCGCUUGCUGGAUUAAUUGGAAGCUGUGCCAUUUACCAUAAGAAUCUUUUUGGGAGAAACCAGAAACUCAAUUUGUCACUAGAGAGGGGGCAGAUUGACUCAAUAUAUAGGAUAAAAUACAUAGACCCAUGGAUUGAAGGAGAUGAUAAGAGAACGUCAAGAUCAAUCAUGGUUCAGAAUUCGAGAACACCUGGCACACUUGUUCAUGGAAACCAACCAGACAAUAGUAGUCUGACUAUAGGACGUGUAACAGCUGGGAUAGAAUACAGCCGCCCAUUUAGGCCGAAGUGGAAUGCAACUGCUGGCAUUAAUUUUCAGCGUGCUGGUGCUCGUGAUGAUAAGGGGAAUCCUAUUAUAAGGGACUUCUAUAGCAGCCCCCUUACUGCAAGUGGCAACACCCACGAUGAUAUGUUACUUGCUAAACUUGAGACCAUGUAUACUGGUUCUGGUGACAAAGGUUCUUCAAUGUUGGUUUUCAACAUUGACCAGGGGAUUCCUGUAUUGCCAGAGUGGCUAGUUUUCAGUAGGGUAAAUGCUCGUGCCUUGAAGGACUUGGCUGUUGGUCCUGUGAGGUUCUUUUUAAGUUUGUCUGGUGGUCAUGUUGUGGGUAAUUUCCCUCCGCAUGAAGCUUUUGUUAUUGGUGGUACCAACAGUGUUAGAGGAUAUGAAGAAGGUGCAGUUGGCUCAGGUCGAUCGUAUGUGGUUGGCUGUGGCGAAAUUUUAUUUCCCCUGAGGGGGCCAGUGGAGGGAGCGAUAUUUGCUGAUUACGGGACAGACCUCGGUUCUGGCUCAAGUGUGCCUGGCGAUCCUGCUGGGGCGAGGCUAAAACCUGGAAGUGGCUAUGGAGCGGGGCUUGGCAUUCGCGUGGACUCUCCUUUGGGGCCUCUAAGACUUGAAUAUGCCUUCAAUGACCAGCGCGUAGGAAGGUUUCACUUUGGGGUUGGCCUACGGAACUGAGAGUAGCCAUUUUUUUUUUUUUUUUUUGGUUUUUUCAUCCUUUUGGGUAGCUUAGCUUGUGGCUUGCUAGUUAUUAGUGUAACAAUUUUGGCCAAUGUUAUUAUUGUGAUUGCGGAGUAUUAUUUUACUUGACCAAUUGUUAUCUCAACAAAAGAGCACUUGGAAAGUGAAUUAGGAUGCGAAGCUCCUUGGAAUCCUCAAUUGUUAACAGAUAUGCCUUUGAUAUUAA